GCGGCGCCCCUGCUGCUGUGCGUCCCCGGGCGCCCGCGCACCCUCUCUGGACUCCGCCCAGCCUGGGGGUGUGAGGUCGCGGCGGCCGCGGCGGGGCGUCGCUGGAGGUUCGCGCGGGGCGGAGUCCAGUGGGGGUGCCGCAGCGCCCGGGGUGCUGUGGACCCAGGUCUCCCGUCCAGGGAGUGUCCGGCGCCUGGGCCACCGCCGCUGCGGGAUGCUCGAGUCUUCUGCCCCACCAGCAUGGGCAGUCUCGCCUACCGAGAGGACUUGGAGGAGGAGAACUCAGCGUUCACCUGGGAGGUGAAGGCCAACAGCAGGGCCUACAACAACCGGUUCAAGAAGAGCUUCCUGUGUUGGCAGAGGCAAAAGCAUAAGAGCAAUGUCAUCAACACGGCCAAGUACAACGUCUUCUCCUUCUUGCCCUUGAACCUGUAUGAGCAGUUCUGCCGCAUCUCCAACCUCUACUUCCUUCUCAUCAUCAUUCUCCAGGGCUUCCCUGAGAUCUCCACGCUGCCCUGGUUCACUCUUUUUGCCCCACUCGUGUGCCUCCUUGUCAUCCGGGCCACCCGCGACCUGGUAGACGACAUCGGGCGACAUAGGAGCGACAGGCUCAUCAACAACAGACCCUGCCAGAUCCUGGUGGGGAAGAGCUUCCUGUGGAAGAAAUGGGCGAACCUGUGUGUGGGAGACGUGGUCUGUUUGCACAGAGACAACAUCGUCCCGGCCGACCUGCUCCUGCUGGCCAGCACGGAGCCCAGCAGUCUGUGCUACGUGGAGACCGCAGACAUUGACGGGGAGACCAACUUGAAGUUCCGGCAGGCCCCGCUGGUCACCCACCUCGAGCUGACCAGUGUGAGGAGCAUGGCUUCCUUCCAAGGCAAGGUGGUGUGUGAAGAGCCCAACAGCCGUCUGCACCACUUUGUGGGGUGCCUGGACUGGAACGGCAGGAAGCACCCGCUGGACAGCGGCAACAUGCUUCUGCGCGGCUGCAGGGUUCGGAACACGGACACCUGCUACGGGAUGGUCAUCUAUGCGGGCUUUGACACCAAGAUCAUGAAGAACUGUGGCAGGAUCCACCUGAAGAGAACCAAGAUCGACCGGCUGGUGAACCGGCUGGUGGUGCUGAUCUUCGUGUCCCUGGUGCUGGUCUCCAUGGCCCUGAGCUUGGGCUUCUGGUUCAAGGUGAGGGAGUUCAAGGCCAGGCACUACUACAUGUCCUCCCGGUACCUGUACAGCGCGGCCACGGAGACCUUCUUCAUCUUCUGGGGCUUCCUCAUCCUGCUGAGUGUCAUGGUGCCCAUGGCCAUGUUCAUCAUGGUCGAGUUUAUCUACCUGGGGAACAGCAUGUUCAUCAACUGGGAUGUGGAGAUGUACUACGUCCCGCAGGACGAGCCUGCCAGGGCCCGCAGCACCAGCCUCAACGACCAGCUGGGCCAGGUGCAGUACGUCUUCUCGGACAAGACCGGCACGCUCACCCAGAACAUCAUGACCUUCAAGAAAUGCUGCAUUGGGGGCGUCACCUACGGCCCCGAUGAAGAGGAGGACACCCCACAUAAGGAGAACCCCUACCUCUGGAACGAAUUUGCUGAUGGGAAGUUGCUUUACCAAAACGCUGAGCUCCUAUGUGCCGUCCGGGACAACGAGGACAAAACGGUGCGCGAGUUCUGGCGCUUGCUGGCCAUCUGCCACACUGUGAUGGUGCAGGAGGAGGACCACCAGCUGGUGUACCAGGCGGCAUCCCCUGACGAGGAGGCACUGGUCACGGCGGCCCGGAACUUCGGGUACGUGUUCGUGGCACGCACACAGGACAGCAUCACGGUGAUGGAGCUGGGGGAGAAGCGGGUGUACAAGGUUCUGGCCAUGAUGGACUUCAACAGCAUACGCAAGCGCAUGUCCGUACUGGUCCGCAGCCCUGAGGGCUCCAUCUACCUCUACACCAAAGGCGCUGAUGUCGUUAUCUUUGAGCGCUUGCACAAGAGAGGCACGAAAGAGUGGGCCACAGAGGAGGCCUUGGCUUCCUUCGCUGAGCAGACGCUGCGGACCCUGUGCCUGGCGUACAAGGAGGUAGGGGAGGACGCGUACGAGGAGUGGCGCCAGCGACACCAGGAGGCCAGUGUCCUGCUGCAGAACCGGGCCCACGCCCUGCACCAGGUGUACGAGGACAUGGAGCAGGGCCUCCAGCUGCUGGGAGCCACGGCCAUUGAGGACAGACUGCAGGACGGCGUCUGUGACACCAUCAAGUGCCUCACGCAGGGGAACAUCAAAGUGUGGGUGCUCACGGGGGACAAGCAAGAGACCGCGGUGAACAUCGGGUUUGCCUGCCAGCUCCUCUCGGAGAGCAUGCUAAUCCUGGAGGAGAAGGAGAUCGUCCGCAUCCUGGAGGCGUCCUGGGAGACCAACAACAACUUGCCGCUUGGUAAAGGCCGUCGGAAGAACCUGUUCCUGCCACGUGUCAAGGUGGCCAUGGUCAUUAGCGGGGAGUUACUGGACCAGCUCCUGCUGUCCCUGCGCAAGGAGCCCCGGGUGCUGGUCCACAACGUGAACGAAGAUGGGGACGAGUCGUGGCAGGAGCCAGACGAGCAGAGGGAGGACUUCCUGCAGGACCGGCGCCUGUCCCUGAUGUGGCGGAUCCUCGGGAUCCAGCUGAGGGCCACGGUCACACCGCAGGUCACGGGCUCCAACACCAGCACCAGCGAGAGCCCCGAGGUGCGGCGGGAGCAGGCCUUCGUGGAGCUGGCAUCCCAGUGCCAGGCGGUCAUCUGCUGCCGCGUGACGCCCAAGCAGAAGGCUUUGAUUGUGGCACUGGUCAAGAAAUACCAGCGCGUGGUGACCCUGGCCAUCGGGGAUGGCGCCAACGACAUCAACAUGAUCAAGACUGCGGACAUCGGCGUGGGGCUGGCGGGGCAGGAGGGCAUGCAGGCCGUGCAGAACAGCGACUAUGUGCUGGCCCAGUUCUGCUUCCUGAAGCGGCUGCUGCUGGUGCACGGGCGCUGGUCCUACAUGCGGGUCUGCAAGUUCCUGCGCUAUUUCAUUUACAAGACGGCGGCCAGCAUGAUGGUGCAGAUCUGGUUCUCCUUCUACAACGGCUUCUCCGCCCAGCCUCUGUAUGAAGGCUGGUUCCUCGCCCUCUUCAACCUGUUGUACAGCACGCUCCCCGUCCUCUACAUCGGGCUCUUCGAGCAGGACGUGAGUGCCGAGCGGAGCCUGGAGCUGCCCGAGCUGUACAUCGCAGGCCAGAAGGACGAGCUCUUUAACUACUGGGUCUUUCUCCAGGCCCUUGCCCAUGGCACGGUCACCUCCCUGGUCAACUUCUUCAUGACCCUGUGGGUCAGCCACGACUCGGCCGGGCCCGUCAGCUUCAGCGACUAUCAGUCUUUCGCUGUGGUCGUGGCCAUGUCGGGCCUGCUGUCCAUCACCAUGGAGGUCGUACUUGCCAUCAGAUACUGGACGGUGCUGUCCGUGCUCGCCGUCUUCCUCAGUCUCUUCUUCUACGUGCUUGCGACUUUGGUCAGCCAGAGCCUCUGGCUCUUCCAGAUCUCACCCAAGACCUUCCCGUUUCUGUAUGCUGACCGCUACGUGCUGUCCCAGCCCUCCAUCCUGCUGGUCGUUCUGCUGAACGUGUCCCUGAACACUCUACCCACACUGGCCCUCCACGUCAUUUGCCAGGCCCUCAAGAAGGCGGGCCCCAAGGAGGGGGAGGAGGUCCCCAGCGAGGAAGUCGUGGCAGUGGAGCCCGGGCCCUACCCGCAGCGGGGGUCGCGCGGCCGCCGCUCCAGCUACGCCUUCUCCCACCGCGAGGGCUACGCGGACCUCAUUACGCAGGGCACCAGCCUGCGCAAGGCGCCCGCGCUCGGCGGCGACGUGCUGGGAGCGCGCGCGGCGGCCCCCGAGCCAGAGCCGGGCGCCAGGGAGUCGCUCCGGUCGCGCGCGAACACGCGGGCCCCGGGGAGGAGGCGGCCGCCGCCCCAGGACCCGACGUCCGCGGAGGACGCGCCGAGCCCGGGCGCCCCCGAGGACCGGCCGUCCGGGUCCCGCCGGGAGCCGCCGCCCGCGGGGCAGAAGGACAGGGAGGCCCCGUGGAAGGCCCCGCUAGAGUCCUGGAGGAGCUGGUCCUCUGGCUGGCGGCAGCGGCUGCAGGGCCCCAGGCGGCGCGCGGCGUCCCUCCCCGGCCGGACCCCCGCGCCCGCCGCGCACCCGCCGCCCCCCGGAGGCCCGCGUGCGCCCGCGGAGUCCGUCCCCUCGGGGAAGACGCUGUCUUCGCUGUAGCGGCUGCGGGAGCCCCGGCACCGGCCACCCGCGCGCGGCCCUCCCCGAACGCCCGGCUCCGCGCUCCGCGCUCGCCAAUAAAGCGGGGCGCGCCGCCCC